UGGCCGAGAUUAUAUAUAACUCCAGGUCACCCCUCGCUCUCUCUCAUCCCUCUCUUUCAUCCUCCACAUUUGUCCACUGAGAGCUUUCUCGUCUCGGUCGAUCAUCACUGUGUAUAUGUGUGAUACAUACUUCAUAUACAUAUCUAUACACAGAGAUACAUAGUUAUACAUACACAGAUAUAUACAUUAUUAUAUAUAUGAUAUGAUAUGAUAUGAUAUGAUAAUGAGAGGUCAUGAUCGGAUAAAUCCAAUCUUGCCGGACGAGUUGAUCCUCGAGAUCUUCCGUCACCUCGGCUCGAAGCCCAGCCGCGACGCCUGUUCCGUCGUCUGCAAGCGGUGGCUCGACCUCGAGAGGCUCAGCCGCGACACCAUCCGAGUCGGCGCCUCCAACAACCCUGACGCUCUUGUCAAGCUUCUGGCUCGCCGCUUCGUCAAUGCCAAGAACGUUUACAUCGACGAACGACUCUCGAUUUCUCUCCCCGUUCAAUUCGGAAGAAGACGUGGUGGUGAUCCAUCUGCACUUUCAUCCCUAAAUCUUAACUAUGCAACUGAGAAAAGUGGGUCCGAAGAUGUUGAAAUGGACUCAUACUGUUUAUCAGAUGCUGGUCUGACUGCCGUGGGUGAAGGAUUUACAAAACUUGAGAAGCUGAGCCUUAUCUGGUGCUCUAAUGUGACGAGUGCAGGGUUAAAAUCUAUAGCUGAGAAGUGUAGUUCAUUGAGAUCUUUGGAUUUGCAGGGUUGCUAUGUUGGAGACCAUGGUCUAGCUGCUGUUGGGGAUUGUUGUAAGCAAGUUGAAGAUCUGAAUUUGCGUUUUUGCGAAGGCCUGACAGAUAGAGGGUUGAUUGAGUUAACCAUCGGUUGUGGGAAAACUCUAAAAUCUCUUGGAGUUGCAGCUUGUGCAAAAAUAACUGAUGUUUCCUUGGAAGCAGUAGGAUCUCAUUGCAGAUUUCUUGAGACGUUGUCAUUGGACUCGGAGUUCAUCAACAACAAAGGGGUCCUUGCUGUGGCAAAAGGAUGUCGUCUUUUGAAAGUUCUGAAGUUACAAUGCAUCAAUGUCACGGAUGAGGCACUGGAAGCUGUUGGAAUUUUCUGUUCAUCAUUGGAGUUGUUGGCUCUUUACAGUUUCCAGAGGUUUACUGACAAGGGUCUGAGUGCUAUUGGAAAAGGGUGUAAGAAGCUAAAAAAUCUUACUUUAAGUGAUUGCUAUUUCUUAAGUGACAACGGUUUGGAAGCAGUUGCAGCUGGUUGCUCUGAAUUAACACAUCUUGAAGUCAAUGGGUGCCACAAUAUUGGCACAAGUGGACUAGAGUUCGUGGGAAGAUCUUGCACACGCCUUUCAGAGUUAGCUUUGCUGUAUUGCCAAAAGAUAGGUAAUUUUGCCCUUUCUGAGGUUGGCAGGGGCUGCAAACACUUGCAAGCUCUCCACUUGGUAGAUUGCUCAAGUAUUGGGGAUGAUGCCAUAUGCAGUGUGGCUGCAGGCUGCAAGAACUUGAAAAAACUUCACAUUCGUCGAUGUUACGAGGUUGGGAAUAAGGGAAUCAUAGCUGUUGGUGAGAAUUGUAAAUUCCUUACAGAUCUUAGCCUUCGGUUUUGUGAUCGGGUAGGGGACGAGGCACUAAUAGCUAUUGGUCAAGGUUGUCCCAUAGAACAUUUAAAUGUUAGUGGCUGCCACCAAAUAGGGGACGCGGGAAUAAUAGCAAUUGCUAGAGGCUGUCCUGAACUCAUUUACCUGGAUGUAAGCGUUCUUCAGAAUCUAGGGGAUAUGGCAAUGGCUGAGUUAGGUGAAGGCUGUCCCUUACUCAAGGACAUAGUCCUAUCACACUGCCGUCAGAUAACAGAUGUGGGUCUAUCCCAUCUUGUGAAGAAGUGCACCUUACUAGAGACCUGCCACAUGGUUUAUUGCCCUGGUAUUUCUGCUGCUGGUGUUGCCACCGUGAUUUCUAGCUGCGUGGGCAUAAAGAAGGUCCUUGUUGAGAAGUGGAAGGUAAGCCAGAGGACUAAACGGAGAGCUGGCUCGGUCAUCUCCUACCUUUGUGUUGACCUUUAGACCGCACAUCACUUCAAAAAAGGUUUCCCUCACGAGUCCUCGACUUAGCGGGAUCCAAUUUGGAGCUCAAUCUAGCACUUUUGUGGGGGAUAAGCAAGCAUGUUGGUUUUUGUUGAAUCCCGUUCUCUGAAUGUAUCAGCUCUCUUUGUGUACAAUUUUGUAAUAAGGGGGGUGUUGAUGUAGGAAGUAGUUUUGUCGGUUUGCAUGAAUGAAGUUGAGGCUUUACUGGUAACAAUAAUAAUCUUGCAGCCUUUUUUGUUUGGAUGAUUUUAUGAUAUGUUAUGCCAUGUACAUUUUGUUCUUGAAAGUGCAGUGGUUUGGUUCUUGUAAUAA